GAACCCAGUCCACCCGGAUCAAUAUUAAUUCCGUGCUCCGCGGGUGGGGGAUGACGCCAGCCUCGCUGGACUUCCUCCACCAGCUUCCAUGAGGCUUCCAGGAUCCAUCGUCCUAUUCCUUCCCUUGUCUGCCGGCAAUACACCAUCCGAGCAACUGCGCCACGUCAUGGGGAAUUCUUACUGGGUCAUAUGCCUGGCUCGCUGCCUUUCCCUCCCGAGAAAGCAAAGCGGAAAAAGAAACUGAACAUGAACCAAAGGCCGGUUCUAGGCAACCCUGAACAAUCGCCAAUCUGCCUCCAUGGGACAAAUUGCAGCAGCCAUGGUUGCCUAAGUGGUUACCCAAACGAUAAUGAUCAUGUAUGUAAACAAACGAUACACAGAUCGAUAUAUUAUGAGCCGAGCCGUACAUAUAUAGAAACAAGCAACACAAUCCCAGGAUUCCGGCCUGACCAGCCUCGUGUCAUCGGCGUCCAUCUGACAGGUGGGCAACGCAGCCCUGUUGGACGCCAGUGCCCUAUAAGCUUCGCCGGCAUCUGGAUGGCUGCGCGAUCGAUUUCAAUCUAUACUCUUUUUGCCUUAUUUAAUAUUAGUCUCCUAUAUUAUUAUUUUCCAUUUUACAUCUCCGGAAUACGAUCAGAAUCUCCGUCGCACUUCUGCAGUGCGUCGUAAGUAUGCCCGCCCCAUCCUGGCUCCAUGCUUAUCUCCCCACCUCAGUAUUUCUCAAUCUCUUGAAUAUCGAACUCUGGUUCGAACCAUAUAAUCACUCCAUCCUGAAACACCAUUUCUCAGCCAAAGCAGUCCCAUUGGACCUCCAGGAUAUCCCUAUCGCUUUUUCACCCUCGCUCACCUAUUCACA